GUCGACUCUCAAUGAUGGGAGUUAUCACAUAAGCGAAGGUGAGUUGUGAAGGGGAAGGCCAAUGCCUCGAUACAAAGACGAGGCUCCUGCAGUCUGCGUUUACACAGUUUGUGAUGAAUCCAAAUAUUUGAUUGUGAGGAAUGUUCCGGCAUUGGGUUGUGCUGAUCAGCUCUCUCAACUAUUCUCCACUUAUGGUCAAAUCCAAGAGUGUAAACCAAUGGAUGCUGAAGAUUGCGAGCCAUUUACGGACGUCUUCUGGAUCAAGUUUUGCUGGGUUGACAAUGCCAGGUUUGCCAAAAGGAAACUGGAUGAGUCUGUUUUCCUAGGGAACAGGUUACAGAUCUCUUAUGCACCUCAAUUUGAGAGUCUGGAUGAGACAAAGGAGAAGUUAGAAGUGAGGCGAAAGGAAGUUUUAAUGCGAUUAAACCCUGGAAGAUCAAAAGGAUCUGCUACAUAUCGGGCAGAUGUGAUUGGUGAGCCCUCGAUAGCUUCCUCUCAAGCCCAGUUGAAUUCUAUCGUACAACCAAUUGGUUCUAAUCAAAGGCAGAGCUCGAAUUCUCAGUUUAACUCUGCUCAUGACAUACAAUGUUCUCCCAUAACAACGGUUUCUUCAGAAAAG